AUGAUUACCUGGGACGAGGAUAUCAAUUUCGCGAGCGCCUUGCUUCUGCAUAGUUGUCUGACUGUCCUCAUCAAAGAAACUCUCAACGUCCUCACGGUCACCAUCAGGCUGGCGCCCUUCCGUCGCAACUUUGGACAUGGGACCUCAAAUUCCCGAUCCGUUCUCCUAGAUGGCUAUACCUCGAUCCUCUCCAAUGACAACGAUGGCGACCUCGCCGAACUAUACUUCACCAACACGGGCCUGCUUUUGCUGAGCGCGUCCCUCGCCUCCGCCAUCGCCAUGAACCUGUUCCUUUCCGACACCGUUCUCAACGUUUUCGUCGCCUGCACGUUUGGCUUUUGCUUCGUGGUGUCCAUCUUCUCGUGCCGUCGAAGCUGGUUGCGGUUCAUCCUCGCGCUGCGGCGAGCGGGUCGGUUUGUAUGGUCUGACACGCCGUUUGUCAACUUCUUCUCCCUCAUUUAUGUCGCUGUGGUGCUGAAGAACUCGACGACCAUGAGGCUGAAGGACUAUGUGACGCUGAGGAGCAUUGCCAUCAUUGAGUUGGUGUUUAUGAAAGCGUAUAUUGCGGCGGCUAGUAUGGAUCGACAAGUCGAGCUCUUGCGUUCUCUGCACAAGUCACGCCUUGUGCUUUUCCAGGGAAAGAAACUUGAGGUCGAGACUACCGAGCCUCUCCGGCUCGAGAGAAGCUCAAUCGUUCCCUUUACCACAGCCCAAAGAAUGUCGGUGAUGCUCAUCAAGACGACCGUUGGACACGACUUUGGAUCAGUCAGAGGUUCGAAGGGCCCCGGCAGCAUUCCGGUACCACCUGCCGGCUUCUUCGCGAACGAUGAUGCUGGCUCCGGAGACUGGCGAAUCUAUCGUGUACGGGACGACAUUAUGCUGAUUGCCGAUAGCCUGUGUAGCACAGAUCCGAAAGAGCGGUGGAAACGGUUGAUCAAAAACAUGCAUGGCAUUUUCCUCAAGCAGUUGAAGAAAGUGCGGGUCGUUUACCUGCUGAAAGUGGGUGGCUCAACAGGAUAUGAGAUGCUGGAAAUAGAGCAGGCAAUCGAAGCUGACAAGAUUGUAUUCACAGAAACUGCUACGGUGCCAGUCGAAAGAUUCUUCCAGGUGAGCACGUGGCCGCAGUCUAACAGCCUUCUCACAGUACCCGAAGCGGCAGGCCUCCGUGGCAGGGAGUUCAUUAAUCCUGAGGGCGACGUGGUCUCCCACGAGUCGCUAAAUUUCAUUCGUUUGCAGCAUCUUUACUUUAUCAAGACGGACAAGGGAUACAUGGCGACGUCUCACGCGCGGCCGGAGAUCGGAGAAAAGCUCGUAGCCCUGCUGGUCUACACGGAGGCCCUGCUCGGCGCCUUACCGGAUGGUUGGCGGGUACGCAUGGCUAGGGAUUCGGGGUUUUUUGAUUCCAUGCAUUUCUUCUCAGUGACCGCGGACGAGGCGACCAAAGAGGAUCCAAGACUUGGUGAAGAUCUGCCGGACUGGGAGAGGCGCGAGGAUGCGAGGACGGGCGAUGACCCAUGGAAUUUUACCCGGUCUCGGAGCAGGAAGACGAAGGAAAUAAUUGACUCAGAUUCUAGGUUGAAGCUCCAGGCUCUAAGUUCACGCAAGUUCGUGUUGAAAGGUAUAGCUUAG